AUGGCGCUGGACGAGGGGGAUGACGAGCGGCUGGCGGCGGUCGCCGCCGACGCGGGGCGAGAGGUCCCGAUUGAGCAUGUAACUAUCAAUGCAGCUGCUCUGUCCAUAUUCAGCAACCUGGUGGACAUGACCUACACAGCCUUCAUCGUGGCCCUUUCUGUUGGAUUCAACCACUCUGCUGGGGAACAACACAGCUGGCUGAGCGGCUGCGACUGGUUUGGCAGUGCAGUGUACAUAUUAGACAUCGUCGUCAACUUCAACACUGGGAUUGUAGUUACCUGGGGCUCGCGCGCGGUGGUGGUGCGUGAUGCUCGCACCUGCGCCUGGUAUUACAUACGCCACGGCACAUUUGUGGUUGAUUUCGUAGCGACCAUCCCUUUCGUCCCCAUCGUCUCACUGUUGUCACCCCGGAUGGUGCUGCUCUUCACUUCAUUCUUCUCGCUCGCCGUGCUUGUCAAUCUGCUGGGCUGCCUGUGGUGGAACAUGGCGCUGGACGAAGAGAACAAGGAUUACGAUUUGCUGGCUGCAUCAGACCCCAAUCGUUGGACAGUGUCGUGCUAUUUUGCGCUGACAACGCUCGUGACUAUAGUUGCGUUCUUUGGAUACCUCUUGAACAGCGUGGCCAACGAGGUUGAGGAGAACAUGGUAGACCUGGGCCUGCCCAAUUGGCUCAAGCGCAAGAUCCGGGGCUACUAUGCUUUUCGGCCCAAGCAGAGCAGGGCGGCGGCGCACAUACUGGCGACCGCCUCGGCGCCUGUCCUGCUCUUCUCUGGGCAGCAGCUGCAGGAUGCGGCAACGAUAAGGCGGCAGGGGCAGGCUGCGGAGGAGGAGGGAGGUCCCUGCUUUUUCAUUCUGGAAGAAGGAGAGAUGCGGGUGGUGCACAAGGGCGACGAGACUCGGGUGCGGCGGCACGCUGUCGGCAGCAGAAUUAAUUUUAGCGGACCGGCAGUCAUUGGGAUUGCAGCGCUGUUCAGCCCUGCAGCCUGCCAGCACCAGGAUGACAGGCGGCUGGCAGCCGUAGCACCCCAACAGGCAUCAGAUGAUGAUGGUGACAGCAGCAGCAGCAGCAGCAGCGGUGGCAGUUCGCACGCUGGCCCGAUUGAGGAUCCGAUUGACGACGAUGCGUCGGCAUGGCAGCAGCAUGCGCUGGCGCUCACCGAAUGCCACCUCUGGCGCAUCAACUGCCGACAGCUGUAUGCCGCACUCCGGCAAAGCCAACCGGCGGUGCUGCUUCACUUGGUGCGACGGCUGCUGGGCACGCUGGGUGUCAGGGCUGGGGGAGGUGGCGGCGGCACGUCCACUGGUGCCACCCUGGCACCCAACAGUACAGGUGGCAAGGAAGCAGCGGACUCAUCUGCGCAGCACCAGCAGUUUCACUUGCAGCACAGCAUGGUCGACCGCCUGCGCCGGAUUGCGACCGAGCUGGAGGCUGCGUCGGAGCAGCAGCAGCGCAAGGAUCAGCAGCCGGUGCCCCAUAAUGGAGGCACUGCUGGUAGGGUGUCGCUGGCCACGUCGCUGACCACCUCCUACAGCCUGUCUCGGAGCAGCUGGCGCACCGACCCCAGCGUGGAGCUGGCAUCGGUGGCGGUGGGCGAACCAGGCGUCUGGGGCUCCGCAGAGGCCGCCGACAACGUAUGGCAUACCGACUGA